CGAGUUCUCGCUGUUGAUGUAUCAAGUUGAUAAAAGAGAAACAGAACGUCCUCUUGAAACCAUCGCGUUCUCUUUUCAACUUGCAACUCACACUGUCCGUACGAAUAUGCAGUUCUACACUCGAACCGAUCUUUGCGCCUAUGCUUGCCCGCCACGUAUACCACGUACGUACACACAGACUGGCGUAUGUAGGCGUACGGACCAACCGAGUGGGUUCGGAGAGCCAUAACUGCAAGGAAGAAGAAAGCCCGCCACGUACGAUUUGACACGGUCGCGCUGCGCGUUUGAAACUUCGCCGGACGCUACACGUCAAAAGAAGAAGAAGCGCGAAGAAAAAAUCAAAGGUGUUUCGUUAUAUGACGUCGCGCGAAAUAGCUGAGAAAUGGUUGGCACCGAUAAACACUUCAAGCUGUUUGUAUGCGCGGCUGGCAUUUUUGUGUGCUACUUCUACUUCGGUAUGCUCCAGGAGAAGAUCACGCGCGGCCAGUACGGUGACGGCGAGAAUCGGGAAAAGUUCACAUAUAUGUUCGCGCUAGUCUUUGUUCAGUGCCUGGUGAAUUAUCUUUUUGCUAAGACAAUUUUGAUGACGGUGAUGAACCAGGGCGAGGAUACCACGUUGACCGUGUACUAUGUGCUGUCCGCCCUCACAUAUCUUCUCGCCAUGGUGUGCAGCAACAUGGCAUUGCAAUUUGUUAGCUAUCCCACCCAGGUGAUUGGCAAGGCUGGCAAGCCGAUCCCAGUGAUGAUACUCGGUGUUUUGCUGGGAAAAAAGGUAUAUCCAGUUAGAAAGUACAUAUUCAUUGUGUUGAUCGUCAUUGGAGUCGCGUUGUUUAUGUACAAAGACAGCAAUGUCACUAAGAAGCAGUCAGAGUCGCAAUUGUCAGUAGGAGAAUUGUUGUUAUUGCUAUCUUUAACAAUGGAUGGGCUGACAAGUGCGGUGCAGGAACGAAUGAGGGCAGAGCACAAUUCAAGGUCGGGCCACAUGAUGCUUAACAUGAACGUUUGGUCUGUUAUUUUUAGCGGCACAGUAAUCGUCAUUUCGGGAGAACUGUCCGAAUUCAUUAGUUUCCUGCAACGAUAUCCUUCUACUAUAUGGCACAUAAUGACAUUUUCUAUAGCCGGUGCAUUUGGACAAUAUUUCAUAUUUCUGACCGUAGCCGAAUUCGGUCCGUUGCCGUGCUCAAUUAUAACCACUACUAGAAAGUUCUUCACAGUCUUAGGCUCUAUAUUGUUCUUUGGUAACAAUUUGACAUUUAGACAAUGGAUGGGCACUUUCACAGUGUUUUUGGGUUUGUUUCUGGAUGCCAUGUUCGGCAAAGAUAGAAGAUAAAAAAGAUGCUGUUAAGUGAGAAAAUAAAUUGUGAUAAAAUUGUCUCAGUAUAUUUUAAGGGAUGUACUGUAUUGAGUAAUAUACUUCCAGCAUUUACGCUACCAAUGAAAGAAGUUUUUACGCUGUAGAAACAUAUUGAGGUUUCUAUAUGUGAAAGGAGGAUAUAUAAAACAAACACUAUAGAAUUUGAAUUGUUAUAUUUUCUAUUUAUAUUUUUCUGUAGAUUCUUCACUGAACGAAAGAGUUUUGUAAGAACAUUUUAUGAGUUUUACAAGAAUAUUCUAAUUGCACACACAAUACACCGAUUGAAUGUCACAAAAACAAAAUACGUGUACUUUAUAUAAAAAACACGAUGAUACGAUAUUUUUGAUAUAUAAUUCAUUUUCUCUUAUUGAUUCUAUUAAUCCAAUUACUAAGUUUUUAUAUAUAAAUUGAGAAAUACUAUUUCUACUGAUCCUAACAGAUUGUGUACUAAUUAUUUUUUAAAUCUGUGAAGUGUGAAGAGCCAGUUAUUUGUAAUAAAAUUAAGGCAAGAAAGGAGAAAUGUAUAGGUAUUUAUAUUUACCGAAUGUUAAGAAAGUAUUUCAGAAUGAAAGUGUGUGUGUGUAUACGCAAUAUACAUAUGUAUAUACUUGCUGAAAUUGUCUAUAUAUAACAAAGUAGAAUAAUUGCACAAAAAGAUAUAUAUAUGUAUACAGUCAAACCUCGAUAACUCGAACGUCUAUAACUCGAAAAUCUCUAUAAGACGAAAAUUGUGUUCACUUCCUUCCGCUCCGCGGAAAGGAAAAGGACACUUCGAUAAGUCAAAAUCUCUACAACUCAAAGAUUUUAGCUCUUCCCUUGAAAUUCGAGUUAUCGAGAUUCGACUGUAUAUAUAUACAGGGUGUCCCAGAAUUGGUGUGACAUCACCUACCUGCCUACGAGAGAUUGUACGGCAAUUCUGGGAUACCCUGUAUAUGUAUAUAUAUAUACAGGGUACAUUAUACAUAUAUAUAAAAUAAUCAACACAGACUGCUCUUGAAAUCUUGAUGAAGUGAGCUGAAAUGUUCACGAAACGUCAGUAUAAAAAAAUGACACUAACGCGGUUCAAAAAACAUCUUC